AACAAGUCGCUACAAGUUAAAAGACAUGAAUUGGCAAUGAAUUCAAAUUUCACCUUUCCUCACUUCACGCUUUCAAUGCCUCACUUCUCUUCUUCACACUCCACACUGCAAAUGCUCUAAUUUUCACUACCUCCCAUGGCGCCAAAACAACGACGUCCCGCAAUGUCGCAAAUGGACGCUGCUCUCGCCGCCAUGUCCCCUUACGGUUUCUCCACCACUGUCAUCCGUCGAACCGUUCAACAUCUCCUCAAUGUUCAUGGUGGCGGCGACCAAGCCUGGGUUCUCAUCCAAGACUCCGCCUACUCUCUUCUCAUUCACAAACUUCUCGAUUCGUCCCACCCAACGGAUGGUUUGACAGAGGAUAACCCAGGAGAUGGUCCCAAUGAGACACCCUCUGCCGGGUGCUCAAACAAAACUCUUCUACCUUGCUCUGACACACAAACUUCUGAUGGUACACCAUUAAUUAAUCAGACCAAUAACACCGUAUCAGCAUCCAGUGAAACUGCUAAUGAACUUCCCAUUAAGGCUAUGGACAUUGUAUCAGCAACAACUGAAGGUGUCGCCGAGUUUCUCAUAAAGGCUGAUGACAUUUCAUCCAGUGAAACUGGUAAUCAACUUCCCAUUAAGGCCAAGGACACUGUACCAGCAACUAGUGAAGCUGGUGCCGAGCUUUUCAUGAAGUCUGAUGAAAUUUCAACUGGUGAAGGUGGUCAUCAACUUUCCAUAAAGGCUGUAGACAUUCCAUUGGCAACAAGUGAAGCCGGUGCCCAGCUUCUCAUAAAGGCUGAUGACAUUUCAACCACUGUGACUGAGGUCGGUAAUCAACUUCCCAUCAAGGCUGUAGACACUCCAUUGGCAACCGGGGGAACAGGGAAUCAAGUUCUCAUCAAAGCUACAGAUACUGUAUCAGCAGACAAUGAAUCUGAUUCUAAGCCUGCACCAUCUCCAUCGACAAAGUCCUCACAAACUGUGGGGAAGCUUUGUCACAAGAAGUGUAGACCUCGCCAUGGCUUGAUUUCUUAUGACAAUAACGAAGAGGACCUGAUUGAACUACCACCAGAUCCUUUGUCAAUGGUUUAUGGCAGCAACAACAGCUGGGUCUUCAUGGAAGACUCCAAUGAUGAAGAUUCCGACUACGCUCUUCUCAUUGACAAACUUCAUGACUCGUUCCAGGCAACGGAUGAUUUGACAGAGGAUAACCCAGGAGAUGGUCCCAAUGAGGCAUCCUAUGCUGAUGACACUGUAUCAGCAUCCAGUGAAACUGGUAAUCAACCUCCCAUUAAGUCUAUGGACAUUGUAUCAGCAACAAGUGAAGCUGUUGCUGAGCUUCUCAUAAAGGCUGAUGACAUUUCAUCCGGUGAAACUGGUAAUCAACUUCCCAUUAAGGCUAUGGAGACUAUAUCAGCAACAAGUGAAGCUGGUGCCAAGCUUUUCAUAAAGGCUGAUGAAAUUUCAACCAGUGAAGCUGGUAAUCAACUUCCCAUCAAGGCUGUAGGCACUCCAUCAGCAACAAGUGAAGCCUAUGCCGAGCUUCUCAUAAAGGCUGAUGACAUUUCAACUAGUGAAGCUGGUAAUCAACUUUCCAUCAAGGCUGUAGACACUCCAUCGGCAACUAGGGUAACAGGGAAUCAAGUUCCCAUCAAAGCUACGGAUACCGCAUCAGCAGACAAUGAAUCUGAUUGUAAGCCUGCACCAUCUCCAUUGACAAAGUCCUCACGACCUGUGGGGAAGCAUUGUCACAAGAAGCGUAGACCUUGCCAUGGCUGGAUUUCUUAUGACAAUGACGAAGAAGACCUGAUAGAAUUACCACCAGCUCCAUUGUCAAUGGUAUUGGUAUAUAUGCAAGCAAAAUGAUGGGGUCAAUUAGUAUAAACAGGGCAGGGUAUUAGGAACUAUCAGAUUAGCUUCAAGGGUUCGAAAAAUGCAUUUAUUUAAGCAAAUGUUGUAUGAUUCAACAGAUACUUGUAUAGUUGUUUGAUAAAAAAUCGAUUUUUAUGUCACUAGGAUUAUAUGUAUGAUGAAAUUAUAUUAACCUCCA